AAGAAGUGCAGGCCCGGCCAUUGGUUCGCGUGAUCUGUCACUCGCUGCUGCGGCCAGCGGGCAGGGGCCUUGCGGUGAUUGGUUCCGCCCAGGCGCGAAAUGUAACGCGGGAAAAGUCGGAGUGGGGACCGCAGAGGCAGGUUGUUAUUUUCAGGGGUUCAGAGUCGUGAGUUCUGCUUUGCUGUCACCUCAGGCCAGGCCGCCCGCUGCUUCCCUUCGCUGAAGCCUGCGUUGGAGCGUACAAAGAGCAGAGGACAGGCUUGACCCGGGUUUGGAGUCCAGCACUGACCACCCGGUGGCCGCCUAGCUGCUCUGCUCCUUCGCUGGCCGCCGUACAGGAGGAUUCCAGGAAACGUCCGCUUGCCAUGAGCCGACGGGACUGAGAGCCAGCGACUAAGAGCAGAGCAGGCGAGCGGAGCAAAGGGCCAGAUCCUGGCUCAGGGAGUCCGGCCAGCGGAGCUGCGGAUCCAGGCAGGACGAUGAUUCGGGGCGUGGAAGCGUCGAUGGCGGAAAAUCCGCCGCAGCCACCGCCGCCGCCGGUCAUCUUCUGCCACGACUCUCCGAAGCGGGUGCUGGUGUCGGUCAUCAGAACGACCCCGAUCAAGGCCACGUGCGGCGGCGGAGGGGAGCCGGAGCCGCCCCCGCCACUUAUCCCCACUAGUCCUGGUUUCAGCGACUUUAUGGUGUACCCGUGGCGCUGGGGCGAGAAUGCGCAUAAUGUGACACUAAGCCCUGGGGCCGCGGGGGCUACCGCCUCGGCCACCUUGCCCACCGCCGCCCCUCAACACCCGGGGCUUCGGGGCCGGGGCGCGCCCCCUCCCACCGCCUCCGGCGGUGAGGAUGAGGAGGAAGCCAGCAGCCCAGACAGCAGCCACCUUAAGGAUGGUAUUCGACGUGGUAGACCCAGAGCAGAUACUGUCCGGGAUUUAAUAAAUGAAGGAGAGCAUUCGUCCAGCAGAAUUCGUUGUAACAUUUGUAAUAGGGUGUUUCCACGGGAGAAAUCGCUCCAGGCUCACAAAAGGACUCAUACAGGUGAGAGACCCUACCUGUGUGACUAUCCAGACUGUGGCAAAGCCUUUGUUCAAAGUGGACAACUCAAAACGCAUCAGCGUCUUCACACCGGAGAGAAACCUUUCGUUUGUUCAGAAAAUGGCUGCCUUAGCAGAUUCACCCACGCAAACCGCCACUGUCCGAAGCACCCUUACGCCAGACUGAAGCGGGAGGAGCCCACCGAUGCUCUCAGUAAACACCAGACUGUGGACAACCAGGCUGCUGCCGAGUGGUUGGCAAAGUAUUGGGAAACAAGGGAGCAGCGUACCCCAACCUUGAAAGGAAAGCUCGCUCAAAAGGCUGAUCAGGAGCAGCAGGACCCUCUGGAAUACCUUCAGUCUGAUGAGGAGGAUGAUGAGAAGAGUGGCGCCCAGCGGAGGCUGCAGGAGCAGCGGGAGCGCCUGCAUGGAGCCCUCGCUCUCAUAGAGCUCGCCAACCUGACGGGGGCGCCACUGCGCCAGUAGCCUGCACACUUGACUUUUCCACUGUACAGAAGUACCGCCCAGCGUACCAAAUGUAGAUCCCUGGGCAUAAGCUAAGCACCUUAUUUGCUUAUCAUAGGCUGCUAUUCUGUAGAAAUUCAUGAAGAAUGUCAUUGCCCCAAAAUAUGGGGUGAUAGAGAAUUGCACUUUUUAAAAUAUGGUAAUGGGUUGUUGUAAAGUUUAAAAUAUUUUGUAAAUAUGGGACCUCUAGUACAGGGUAGGAAACUAAAUAUUGUGGGAAGCUAGAUUUUGCAAGUUUGAUGCAUUCAUUGGAAGCAGUUCUCACAGGAAGCACUUUUUGAAUAAGACACUUUUAUUAAAAAACAGAAUGGAACAUGUAGCCAAAGAAGGUUAAGAUAGAUUAUUUAUAAGAUCAUUUUUAACAAUGUAUAUUAGUAUGUUUAACAAUACUGUAAACACUGAAGUAAACAAGAAGGUAAGGUGUAUGUGAGAUGUAUAUUUUUAAAUUGCAAAAUAGUGUGACUAACAAUACUAGAGAAGUGGAGAACUGACUAUUUUGGAAGAUAUCCCAAGUUACGGACUUUGGAGGAAAAAUAGAUAUCUGAGGAUCUUGGUAAGAUGCCUAAUGGUUCAGAAUUUUCAAAAUUGGAGUAAAAUCAGUCUUAUUCUAUCUUUACGAGGCUUUAUAUAUACUAUGAUGUUUAGGUUUGAAAAGCACUUGUCAUCUGUCUCUUGUUAACUAGGGAACUUUUGCACAUUUCAUAUUUCUCAUUUGCUGAAAUUGAAUGAUUAAUCUUGCAAAGUCUAGGUAAACUUGGUAAUUGCUUUGUUUCUUUCUUUUCUUUUUUUUUUUUUAAACGUGAGCCCUGUAAUAAGAUUUGGCACUUCAAUUGUUAUUAAUAAAAUGGACAUCUACAGGGUUGUUUUGUAGUGAACUGUUUUAAAUCUUUUGUUAACAAACACUAAAUCUUACUUGUACUGCUUGUUUAGAAUUAUUAGCAAAUGAAAGCCUCCUAUUUAUAUUUUCAGUGCAUAAAGCUACCUUGCUUUUCAGAAUAACAUGCCAAGCUAUUUUGUGCUCACUAAAUUUAGCUGUCAGUUAAACACUGCAGAAAGUAUUAGCUACUCAAAUAAGUAGGUUUCUGGAAUAGUUUUAAUUAACUGCACAUGUGUUAACUUGUAUGAUGGUUUUAAACCAUUUUUUCCAAAUAGAUGAAGUUUUUAAACACCACUUUAUGUGUUGAAGCAUGAACAUAAAAAUCAAGAGCUAAGCAGUUCACCUCCUUUAUGUAGGUAUAAAUAUCCAUCAUUUUAGCUUUUGUUUGAGCAGGAACUAAAUAGCACACAUAACAUGGUAAUUUUUUAUGGAUUGCUUAAGUGGAGUAAGCCUCAGAAUAAUAGAGGGAAGCAUGGGCUCUACAGCGCCUUUUUUUUCUUUUUUGAAUUGAAGUAGUAGCCUACAUAUGUAGUUUAAACAUUAUCUAAAAUGUAGGCUUCUUUCUCCCCAAAUCCCAAUGAGUUACAGUCACGUAGUUUCACAUAUGUAGCAGUGGGGAAGGGGAGGCUUAUAAAUGUCUGGAAAAGGAGCAGAAGUUUGAAAGAUGAUAGUAACAAAUAAUGUGCAUGAUGAGGACAUACUUUACAAAUGUAAUCCUCAGUACAGUGAAUUACAAAUCUUGAAAGAUGUUUUUGUAAUAAGAAAAUUUAUAUUUGUAAUGGUCUAAGAAUUUUGUUUGUAAUCUGAUAUAUAGAAUUUUAACUUGGAGCACUUGCAAGCACAGUGAGAGACUAUAGCAUUGAAUUUUCUUGGUUUAGGUUUCAACAUUUUCUUUAGAUUUUCCCUCUCAAGUAUGACUCAAAUGAACUGUAAGAAGCAACACUUAUUAGUCUUAGGAAAUUAAACAUUUAAUGAAAUUACAUAAAGAAGGAAAGGCAGUAAGAAUUUAAAAAUUGCAAAUACUUGUCAAUUCAAAAAUAAUAAAAUUUAAGACUUUCAAAAGUAUGGUUUUUAUUUCUCUGGUCAGCUUUUGUCAACUAUAAUA